UGUAUGUAAAUUAGUCUUUGCAGAAAAUAUAACCAUGAAGCUAGUGUUUUUGAUUAACUUUAUAUCAUGCCUGUUUUCGGUUUGUUUGACUGUGAGAAAUGUUCGUCUCGUGGACCAUAGAAGCUACCUGAUCUCUCUGAUACAGAAGACUAUGAACCGCGUGGAGGAGGCCGGCUGGUCCAACCUCAAGAUACACGACAUUGCUGUGGACAUGAAUGAAUCCAUCUUCGGCGUUCAAUACACCGGUCACUUGGACUUCAAGAAUGGGUUCGUGGUAUCCGUCCAAAGCAUGGCCAUCGUCGAACACACCAUCCAGCAGAUGUGGAUGACCAUCGGCGAGAACACCACGUCAGCGCAGCCCCAGGCCACCAUGACGAUGAACAACGUGCUGAUCGGCUUCGACGUCACCGCCAGAGUCAAUGAGGAGGACCACUAUUUCACUGGAGUCAUCCUGUACCCGACGAUACAGAUUCAGUUCUUGAUACCGAAGAACCUGUACACUGGCGAGAUAACAGCGCGGGUGGUGGCGACCGCCAUCUCGCACAACAACCGCCUCCAGAUGCUGCCCUACAACCACAUAUCGAGAACCAUCCCUUACUUCUUCACGUGGAACAGUAUAGCGGACUCCGUGACGGAGUGGAGUGACCACGUCUUCGCGCCCAUCGCUCAGGACAUCGCGAGACACGAGCUGGCUUUCCCGACCAUAUGUUACAACUGUGCCGUUGUUGCUUAAAAUGAAUCAUUGUGUUGACUUUGCUAUUGUUUCUAUGUUGAUCAAUAAAAUCGAGAUAAAAUCCCAA